AUGUCCCUACGUCCACUGAAAGCUGGGGAAGGAAAGAACUCUGAUUGCCCAUUGCACACUCCUCGUGUUAAUGGCGAAAUACCUGAUGUGAAUGAUGCAACCCUAGACCAUGAGCCACUAUCUGCAAGGCUGACAACAUACAGUCUAGUGGAAUUGCGAAUUGAGGGAGAUGGCAAUUGCCAGUUCCGAGCACUUGCAGAUCAGUUGUUUCGCAAUCCUGAUUAUCACAAACACGUCAGGAAGGAGGUUGUCAAGCAGCUAAAGCAUUUCAGAAAGUUGUACGAAGGCUACGUUCCUAUGAAGUAUAAAAGCUACCUGAAGAAGAUGAAAAAAUUGGGGGAAUGGGGAGAUCAUGUAACUCUGCAAGCGGCUGCUGACCGAAUUGACUACGCUGUUAGUUUUGUGUCCAUACAUUGCUAG